UAUUAGAAGUUAAGCCCCAAGUGAAAUUGAAGCCAUUCUCGAGUUAAUUCUUGCCUGAAACACAGUGUGCAUCUUGACAAAUAUUUUGAAUCUUCUCGCAUUACUGGAUUGAAACCCUGAGACGAGUUGAUCGAAGCUAAAGCUAAGAGAGUUGGCACGUUAAAGUGAGUGGUGUCUCGGUCAUAAAGGUUUCAUAAUUUGGUCAAGAUAAUAGAAAUUUGGGUGGAAAGUAAAGGACAUAAUCGUGUGAAGAACUGAGCAAGAGUUCCGAAUGGGACGUUCGGGAUCGAGAUUGGGUGUGGCCCUCGUCUUUGUUCUCGUGUUUUAUGAGCAUGGGAUUCAUUCAUCUCCCCUGACUCCCCGUCUCAGAAGACUGAGUUCCCUUCUGUUUCCCCAGUUCCAGUCGACCACUCCGGAUUGUGGGGUCCUGGGGGAUGGGUUCCACCCAAACGAGGCGGACUGUCACACUUUUUUCCUCUGCCGGAGGGGGAGAUCUUAUCCAUUCAGAUGUCCAUUUCCAUCCCAGUUUCAAAGAGGGGCUUGUGUCUGGACGGGCCGGUUGGGUUGCUCUGAGCCCACCACGACGACCACUCCUUCACCCGUGCCAUAUCCAAAUGCAGCACUGGACCGACUUAUCGAAGGGAUGGGGGACUUUGCUAACUUGAAACCAGGAACCACUCGUAAAACGGAGACUUAUGUGGACGCUGGGGGGAACAAAGUUGUGAAAACUACGACAACACACAAGGUUGUUCAUACCAUACCCACACGUUUUGAUGACGCCUCGACACAAACGGAUGAUGGUUUGGUGUUCUCCUCCUCUGGAAUGGACCAGCUAUCUCCCGAAAUGCAAAAUCAGAUUAAGGAACUCGUGAAGGAAAAGUUGAGAGAAAAGUUUGGCCAAAAAAAUGAUGUGGCCACCACCACUGAGACUUCACCUUACGCUGAACAGGAAGAGGAGGCUGACAAUUAUUAUCCGAGCGGAUAUGGCUCUCCGGCAACUCAAGCUCCGUCAAGCAACAAACAGGGGGACGAAAGUGGUGAGUACUACAAACCACGAGGUUCGGUCGAUGAUGCGUUAGUGGACGAUGGAAAAGUCAUUUAUCCUCAACCAAGUAGUGUGGGUGGUGAUACUUCCGGUGCGGUAGAGACCUCGCCCACAUAUUCGAUAAGUGCGGACACUUACCAACCUUCAACCACCAUGGCGUCAUUAUAUGUUCUUCAACCCACCGACUCACCAUACGUGGCGAAACCUACUGAGCCGUACUAUAUUGCAAUAACGGACAAAAAUUCUGCUCCUCUCAAGGAUGAAUCGUAUCAACAAAGCACUGAUGCGCCUUACACCGUUCCUCAAACAACAGAUUUGCCGUAUGCAAAAUAUCAGGGACCAGAAUCUUCUUAUUUAGCUCCUAGGGCUAUAGAUUCUGAAUCUCCAUAUGCCAAUUCCAAAGCGAUCGAUUCGCCUUACACCGCUCAGGAAGCGACAGAUUCGAACUACGCCACACCCAAAGACACAGAUUCGUCUUACUCCGCUCCCCAGGAAAUAGACUCGUCGUACACGGCACCCAAAGAGACAGAGUCGCCUUACACCGCGACAGGUUCUCCUUACGCCACAACAGAUCCGACUUACGCCGCCCCCCAGCAAGUAGAUUUGGCCUACGCUGCUCCUCAAGCAACAGAUUCGACUUACGCCACACCCCAAGUGACGGAUUCGACUUACGCCGCUCCCCAGGAAAUCGACUCGUCUUACGUCGCUCCCCAAGUGACCGAUUCGACUUACGCGGCUCCCGAGGAAAUCGACUCCUCGUAUACGGCACCCAAAGAGACAGAUUCGACUUACGCCUCACACCAAGCGACCGAUUCGAAUUACGCCGCUCCCCAGGAAAUAGACUCGUCUUACAGGGCACCCAAAGAGACAGAGUCGCCUUACGCCACGACAGAUUCGACAUACGCCGCUCCCCAAGAAAUCGACUCGUCGUACACCGCACCCAAAGAGACAGAUUCGACAUAUGGCGCUCCCCAAGAAAUCGACUCGUCGUACACCGCACCCAAAGAGACAGAUUCGACAUAUGGCGCUCCCCAAGAAAUCGACUCGUCGUACACCGCACCCAAAGAGACAGAUUCUCCUUACGCCACAACAGAUUCGAAUUACGCCGCUCCCCAAGAAAUCGACUCGUCGUACACGGCACCCAAAGAGAUAGAUUCGACUUACGCCGUUCCCCAAACAACAGCGACAUACGCCGCUACCCAAGAAAUCGACUCGUCCUACAGGGCACCCAAAGAGAUAGAGUCGCCUUACGCCACGACAGAUUCGACAUACGCCGCUCCUCAGGAAGUAGACUUGUCUUAUACGGUACCCAAAGAUGCAGAUUCGACAUACGCCGCUCCCCAAGAAAUCGACUCGUCGUACACCGCACCCAAAGAGACAGAUUCGACAUAUGCCGCUCCCCAAGAAAUCGACUCGUCGUACACCGCACCCAAAGAGACAGAUUCGACAUAUGCCGCUCCCCAAGAAAUCGACUCGUCGUACACGGCACUCAAAGAGACAGAUUCGACAUAUGCCGCUCCCCAAGAAAUCGACUCGUCGUACACCGCACCCAAAGAGACAGAUUCUCCUUACGCCACAACAGAUUCGAAUUACGCCGCUCCCCAGGAAAUAGACUCGACUUACAAGGCACCCGAAGAGACAGAGUCGCCUUACGCCACGACAGAUUCGACAUACGCCGCUCCCCAAGAAAUCGACUCGUCGUACACGGCACCCAAAGAGAUAGAUUCGACUUACGCCGCUCCCCAAGCAACAGAUUCGACUUACGCCGUUCCCCAAGCAACAGCGACAUACGCCGCUACCCAAGAAAUCGACUCGUCCUACAGGGCACCCAAAGAGAUAGAGUCGCCUUACGCCACGACAGAUUCGACAUACGCCGCUCCCCAGGAAGUAGACUUGUCUGAUACGGUACCCAAAGAGGCAGAUUCGACAUACGCCGCUCCCCAAGAAAUCGACUCGUCGUACACCGCACCCAAAGAGACAGAUUCUCCUUACGCCACAACAGAUUCGACUUACGCCGCCCCCCAGCAAGUAGAUUUGACUUACGCUGCUCCUCAAGAAACAGAUUCGACUUACGCCACACCCCAAGUGACUGAUUCAAAUUACGCCGCUCCCACGGAAAUCGACGCGUCGUACACGGUACCCAAAGAGACAGAGUCGCCUUACAAGGCAAACCAAGUGACAGCUUCGCCUUAUAUACAAUAUCAAGGAACAGAAUCUCCUUAUCUUGCUCCUCAUGCGGCAGAUAACCCUUAUUCUGCUGCUCCGUAUACGCCACAAGUCGAAACCAAAGAGGCGUCUUACGUUUUAUCAACCGAGUCGUCCACUGCCGUUCCCGAAUAUAUUUCUACGUCACCCUACGAGGCUCCUCAAACUACACCGGACUCUUAUGUACCAGAACCUACUCCACUUCCUGCCUAUGCCCCCGUUUCACCUUCCGACUCGUCUUACACAGCGGAGGCGACGCCGUCAUACAGCACCCCAGUGACCAAUGAACCAUAUAAUCCAGAAUCUCUCAAUCAAAAUCCAGCACAAGAAUCGUCUGCUUACCAGCAGAACGACGCUGAACCCCGCCCAGGAUACGACCCCCAAAUAACGGAAUAGCGGAAUAACCCUCAGGCGUACUUGACGCCAAAAAGACAAAAUUACCAGUAGACGCUCUAUAAACAAAUUACCACUUCUUAUUAAAUUCCCUCAUAAUAAAACUUCUACUUAACAAAUAAAUUGAACAAACUUGAAAAAACCACAUUUUUAUUAUUGUGCACUUGAAUGUAAUAAAUUUUUCUUCUGAAA